AUGAAGGCCACAGGCUCGUUUGCAACUUGUCUCCUAGCGUCAGUGGGGAGGAACUCCAGUGGAGUGGCCUUCCCGGGUCAGCCUAACUACGCCGCCCUUGUCUCUCCGUAUAACCUCGACCUUCUCACAACUCCGGCCGCCAUCGUCUUUCCUCAAAAUGCAGCACAGGUUGCGGCAGCCGUCAAGUGCGCUGUCAACGCGGGCAUUAAGAUCCAAGCAAAGAGUGGAGGACACAAUUACGGCAAUUUUGGAUCGUCGACCGGGGAGCUUUCAGUGAACCUCGAAAACCUCCAGGACUUCAGCAUGGACCGCACUACCUGGAUGGCUAAAUUCGGACCUGGAAACCGCCUCGGUCAAGUUACAGAGCUUAUGUUUAACAACGGAGGACGACAAGCACCGCACGGAGAGACAUUCGAUGUCGGACUGGGUGGACACGCCACCGUGGGAGGCGCCGGGGCUGCAUCACGCCAGCUGGGACUUCUCGUGGACUUUGUGGAAGAGGUGGAGGUGGUCCUCGCGAAUUCAUCGAUCGUUCGAGCAUCGAAAUCGGAGAACGAAGAUCUUUUCUUUGCCGUCCGCGGCGCUGGCUCCAGCGUCGGCAUCGUGACCGACUUCACCAUCCGCACUGUACCCGCGCCGCCGGUGACUGUUGACUAUACCUAUGUGUGGGCAAAGCAAAAUGUCUCAUCGCAGGUGAAAAUAUUCCAGAGCUGGCAAAAGCUCCUCGCUGGCGGCACUCUACCACGUGAGAUGUCAUACGGAUUGACCGUCACGGCUAGUAGUAUGGUGCUGUCGGGGGUAUACUUCGGUAGCGAGGACGAGUUUGCGACGCUCAACCUCACUAGCCACUUUACAACGCCUCCACAAGUGAGCGAAACAAAAGUCUACACCAGCUUCUUAGAGGCGUCCAAGGCGUUGGACGGGGCAGUCAGCGCCGCUGGCAUCGCUUCUCCGUCGCACUUUUACGCCAAGUCCCUUGUCUUCACUCAGAAGACUCAGAUCCCUGAAGCGACCGCCCAGCGUGUUUUCAACUAUUUGGCCAACACAAAGAAUGGAACAGACUUGUAUGCCCUCAACUUCGACGGCCUUGGCGGGGCAGUGAGCGAUUUCUCUCCAUCGGAGGCGGCCUAUCCUCACCGCGACACGCUUUACUUUAUGUUCUCCUUUGCUCGUACCAGUAGUAAUCUCACUGAUACGACGAUCCGCUUCCUGGACCAAUUAAGCGAAGUUCUGACGAGCGGCAAUCCCAAGGCAUAUUACGGACAGUAUGCUGGAAAUGUGGAUCCACGGGAGACGAACGAGAAGGCCCUGGCCGGGUACUAUGGCCAAAACCUGGAUCGACUCAAGCAUAUCAAGAGGGCAGUGGACCCGAACGAUGUUUUCCACAACCAGCAGAGUGUCCCUGUGUCUUGA